CUCCACUUGCACGCACGCAAAUCUGCUUCCUGUUUACAUUUUGCAGAGCACUUUCACUGCGAGCAGAAACAGCAGAGACAUCGCCUCAAACUCCUGGAAACAGGCUCCGAGCUACAGUAGUUGUGACCCGCCGCUGUCCGUGCGCCUGCAGCCGAUCCUGUCUGAUAGACAGGCCGUUUCAAUGCAUUUCAGAGAAGCUUUACCGCCGCGCAGAUGGACGCUGUUGAUCUGUUUUCAAGCUGCAGAAAGGGCGACAUUGCCAGAGUGAGAUACUUGGUUGAACAAAGGGAUGUAGAACUGAACAUCAGAGAUAAGUGGGACAGCACACCUCUGUAUUAUGCAUGUCUCUGUGGACAUGAAGAGCUGGUGCAGUACCUGCUCGCCAACGGAGCAAAGUGUGAGGCGAACACGUUUGACGGCGAGCGCUGUCUGUACGGAGCUCUGAGUGACGCAAUUCGUCGUCUGCUCAAGGAGUACAAGCGCAUCACAGCCAAGGCCAUGCAGAGAGACUAUUACGACCAGUUCCUGCAGACGCUUUUGGAGCAGGGAAACUACAGCGAUGUGACAUUUGUGGUUCACGGGGAGAUGUUUAAGGCCCAUCGGUGUAUCCUGAGUGCCCGGUCUGAAUACUUCGCCCACAUGCUGGAGACCAAGUGGAAAGGCAAGAGUGCCAUUGCACUCAAACAUCCACUGGUCAAUCCUGCUGCCUUUGGUGCGAUCAUGCAGUAUUUCUACACCGGUCGUUUGGAUAUCGAUGUGAAUUACGUAGAGGACUGCAAGCGUUUGGCCAAACAGUGCAAGAUCGGCGAGCUCAUUGAGGAGCUGGAAGUGAAGUGCAAACAGGUUUAUGAGUUUGUGUCCAAUAAGCCGGGCACGUGUGUGAAGGUGUUGACUCUGGAUCCGCAUGACUUCCAGCUGCAGGACGGCAUGGCUCUGCUGGCUGACAGUGCACUUCCUGCAGAGCUGCGGGUCGGAUACGGUCAGCUUCCAUUCGAUCUUACUGACAGCUUCCCGAGUUAUCCUGACAUCUGCUUCCGGGUGGAGGGUUAUGACUUCCUAUGUCAUAAGGCGUUUUUCUGUGGCCGCAGUGAUUAUUUUAAGGCUCUGUUGGAGGAUCAUUUCAGCGAGGGAGAAACUCUACAGACUCAUCCCAGUAUUCCUGUCAUCACGCUUCAUGAUGUGUCCCAUGAUUUGUUUACAAGAAUCCUUUAUUACAUUUAUAGUGACAACACUCAGCUGUCUCAUGAGAAUGUGUAUGAGGUGUUGUGUGUGGCCGACAUGUACCUGCUGCCGGGUUUGAAGCGUCUGUGUGGCCGAACUCUGGCGGCGCUGCUCAAUGAGGAGAACGUGCUGCACAUGUGGAGAACAGCCAAACUCUUCCGACUGUCCCGUCUGGAGGACCAGUGCACUGAACACAUGGCCAAGAUCAUCGAGAGGCUCGUUGAAAGGCCGGAGUUUGCCGACAUGAUCAGAGAGGAUGCUGGGAAUGUGGCCGCCAGACAGGAGACGGACUCCAUUCCUCUGGUGGACGAGAUCCGCUUCCACAUCGCCAGUAAUGUUCAGACGUACAGCGCCAUUGAGGAGGCCAACCAGAAACUGAGCGCCCUGGAGCUCCUGCUGGCCAGCAUCGGCCUGGAGUGCUGAAAAACACGUUCAACGCUGCACACAUGACCUGCAGAAACACAGCUGAGCACACAUCACUUGUAGCAAACUACUAUAAUCGAGUCUAACCAAAACCAGAUACUUAAAACGUAUGGCAGGCCAUGUUAGCCGAAAAUGUUUCCAGCGUUACUUGACAUAAUUGCAUGUUUACAAGUAAGAAUUAGAGCUGUAUAAUUGAGUUUUUUCUAGCAAUUUGAGAGCUCUCGAAUUUAAUUAUUUAUAUGAACAAUUCUAGUUAGAGAGCUCUAUAAAUGAUUGUUUACCUGUCAUGAGUCUUAAUUACUUUCCGUUCAUUUUCUAAAGGGAUAUUUCACCCCAAAUAUUACAAUUGACUCUAUAUUUGCUCUUCGUUAAGUUCAUUAUCUUUGUUAGGUUCAUUAUUCUGUUAAACACAAAAAAAGAUUUUUGGAAGAAUGUUGGAUACCUUUAACCAUUGAUUUCCAUAUUAGGAAAAACAAACACUUUUGAAAUCGAUGGUUACAGGUUUCCAACUAUCCCUUUAAUUAAAGACUCUGUUGUUGAAUUUGCACUAGUAAAAUACCAAUUAGAAUGAACUACAAUUACAUUCAUACUACUUAUAAUUCCAGUUAGAGAGCUCCACAAAUGAAUGUUUAUUUGUCAUGCAACUCCAUUACUUUCCUUUGAUUAUCUAAAGGGAUAGUUCACCUCAAAUAUUACAAUUUACUCUCUAUUUGCUCUUCCUUAAGUGUUUCUAAACCUUUGAGGUUCAAUAUUCUGUUAAACACAAAAGAAGAUAUUUUGAAGAAUGUUGGAAAACCGGUAACCAUUGACUUUCAUAGAAGGAGAAACAAAUACUGUUGACAUCAGUUCCCAACCAUCCCUUUAAUUACAGAGCUCUGUAGUUGAAUUUGCACUAGUAAAAUACCAAUUAGAGAGAACUACGAUUAAAUUCAUACUAGUUAUAUUUCCAGUUAGAGAGCUCUGCGAAUAAAUGUUUACUGGUCAUCCAUCUCAUUUACUUUCCGUUCAUUUAUUACAAGCAUAGUUUACUACAAAAUAAAUUCAUUUACUCUUUAAUUUCUGUUCAGUAAGUGGUUCCAAACCUUUAUGAGGUAUAUUAUUCUGUUGAACACAAAAUAAGAGAUUUUAAAAAAUGUUAGAAACCGGUAACCAUUGACUUCCAUAGUAGGAAAAUCAAAUACUGUUGAAGUCAGCGGUUACAGGUUUUUUCAAAAUAACUUGAAGGGAGAGUAAAUGAUGCCAUACUAUCCCCUCAAUUAUAGAGCUCCUCGGGUGAAUUAGCACUAGUAAGAAAAAACAUUUAGAGAGAACUACAAUUAAAUUUGUCUGAGUUAUAAUUACAGUUAGAGAGAUCUACAAAUUUUUUUUUACUAGUCAUGAGUCUCCAUUACUUUCCGUUCAUUUUUUUAAAGGGAUAGUUCACCCCAAAUAUUAAAAUUUACUCUCUAUUUGCUCUUUGUUAAAUGUUUCCAAACCUUUAAGAGGUUCAUUAUUCUGUUAAACACAAAAGAAGAGAUUUUGAAGAAUGUUAGAAAGCGGUAACCAUUAACUUUCAUAUAGGGAAAAACAAAUACUGUUGAAGUCAAUGGUUACAGGUUUCCAUCCUUUUAAUUACAGAGCUCUGUAGUUGAAUUUGCACUAGUAAAAUACCAAUUAGAGAGAACUACGAUUAAAUUCAUACUAGUUUUAAUUCCAGUUAGAGAGCUCUACGAAUGAAUGUUUAUUAGUCAUGCGUCUCCAUUACUUUACGUUCAUUUUCUAAAGAAAUAGUUAACCCCAAAGUUAAAAUGCACUCUAUUUACUCUUUAUUUAGUGGAUCCAAACCUUUUAGUUUCUUCAUUCUUUAGUACACAAAAGAAGAGAUUUUGAAGAAUGUUAGAAAUCGGUAGCCAUUAACUUCCAUAGUAAGAAAAACAAAUGCUGUUGAAGUCAAUGGUUACAGGUUUCCAACUUUUUUCAAAAUAUCUUCUUUUGUGUUCAACAAAAGGAAGAAGCUCAAACAGGUUUCUGACUAGAGGGAGUAAAUGGCAGAGUUUUCAAUUUUGUGAAAACUGUACCUUUAAUUAUAGAGCUUUACAAUUUAAUUAACGCUAGUAAAAAAAAACAAAAAAAAAACAAAACAAUUAGAGCUCUAGAAAUAAAUGUUUACUACUUAUGCGUCUCUUACUUUCCAUUCAUUUUUU